CCUUCCUGUUGCACACCUCACUUUCAAUCCUCGUUAAUACGCACUCUUCACAGAUUCGCUUCACGUAUAACCCUCUGAGACGUUGCCAGUGUACGAUCCGCUCACUUUGAAUCCUCCAUAACGCUAGUAUUCUAGGGUCACAUUCGUUGAGUACCCUUAUAUCACAACCCUGGAUCGCCGUUUCCCCACCCGAGAACCUAAACUCUACCCAAUAUCGUAGACUACGACCGUCAAAACCGAAGCCGCCUGAUUCCUACUCUGUUACUACUCUGAAUGCCAUGAAAAUCUUAGACAGGCGAUGAGUGCAGCUGGUCCCUUACCCCCACCGCCCCCAGGACGACCACCAGGCACUGCCAUGAAUGGACAUCCCCAUGGCUCGAACGGUAGCGGUGAUAGUUGGGCAGUAAAUAAUACAGUGGGUGGCAAUAGAGGUUCAGGGGGCCCAUCUCCUUCCGUUGCAGAAAUAUCUGCGGCUGCAGGCGAGAAGGUUAACGAACUGAAGCACCAGCCGAUCGCACGUUUGGUCGAGCUAGCGAGACAGCACUUUCACAAUGCGAAACUACGAUCAAACGGGCGAGAAGGCUUUCCCGCAACAUACUGGGAGUAUUUGAUGGCGUAUGAGCUUGUCGUCGAGGCAGUACCAGGGCACCGCGAUUAUUAUGACAAGAUCAAUAACAGUCGAGGCCAGCUUUCACGCGAUUACAAGGACCUAGUGAGGGAAGUAAGGUCCAACGAGGAGCGAUUCGUUCGCAUAAGGGAAAUUAUAGCCAACGAAAACAAGCGAAAUGGACUUCGUGGAUCGCAAACAUCCUCGCGCCCAUCGUCAGGAGCCUCGCAGUACACCACCGCCUCGGUAGAAUCUGAACUGAACAGCCGCCGUUUCUCAAGUAGCGCUAUUCCAAAGCGCGACGAUGAGCUUAUGAUGCCCAACGUACCGCUUCAUGCGCCUUCUGGGCGUGCGCCCCCCUCUUCGCAGGCCGACGCUCCUCGCAAACCUCAAGUACACCCAAAACCACAAUCAUUGCAUGGCCGAGCGCUUCACCAGAGUUCGGCCUCAAUCAGCGGUCCGAUCGACACAAAUGAUCUCGCAGCGAGAUUCGCAAGUCUAAGAGGAACAGCAGCACCAAUCAAUACAUCACCAGCACCUUCUGGACACAAUGCAUCCGUCAAAAUGCCAUCCCCCACAGACUACCACUCAAACCGACCCUUGGGACCUCGCGACAUGCCGCCUCCUCCCCUAUCAUCCUCACGUGCCCCAACACAUCCCCCGAAGCUGCCACUGGAUACUAAACUUGCAGCUUCCAUGCCUAAAGAGCCGAGUCCAACCUACAGUCCUGCCCGUAAUCUUUCCCUUCCUGCCCAUAUUCCAGCUCCGCGGUCCACGGCGAGGAGUAUGGUUGGCACGGGCGGUCGCAGCAAUUCUCUAGCUGCGUCGUCGAGUGCAUCGGCCUAUGCGCCAGGCUCAAAUGGAGAUUCCGACUCUUAUUUUCCUACACAGCCUAUGAAUGUGCCACCGGCACCAGCCAGAAGGACAUCGGUCAACAAGCCUAUGGAGCUGCAGAUUACCGCCGAGAAACUGUAUGACUAUAUCAGGAUGUACAAUGUGCUACUGAUCGACGUGCGAAACCGUGAAGAGUUUGAUUCUGGUCAUAUCUUUGUCAGGUCAGUCAUUUGCAUUGAGCCAACUGCUUUAAGAGACGACUUCUCGGCCGAGCAAUUGCAGGACAGUCUCAUAAUCUCACCCGAUGAGGAACUGGCAAUGUUCGAAAGACGCAACGAGUACGACCUCGUCGUAUAUUACGAUGAAUCAACGAAGACACACGCGUUUCUCAACAAAUAUAAUCCCAACGAGAGAGAACUUGCACUGAAGCGAGUGUACACCACUUUACACGAGUUCAACGCAGAAAAGCCUCUUCAGAGACCUCCAAUAUUCCUAAUGGGUGGUAUUGAUGCUUGGACGGAUUUGGUAGGCACACAAUCAUUGAAAAUGAGUACAACAGCCGGUCAGGUUGCAAGUGGCCGUAAUCAAGUUGCCAGGCCGAUCAGGCGAGCCGCUGCGGCAAGCCAGGCCGCGAAGCUCAAUCUACACAGACGACGAAUGCGCGAAUAUGCGCCGAUGGACGAGGAUGAAGAACGGCAAUGGCUUGAGGAGGCACGUAGAGGGAGGGUGGUGUUUGAUCAACAAGAUGAAGACUAUGAGGAUGACGAGCCCGCAUCCCCAGUGUAUCGCACCACUGAGGAAUUUCUACGUCACUUCCCGGAAAUCGAUGCGCAGCAGUCCAUGGUAUAUCCAUCAAGGCCUCCUCCAUCGGUGCCAAUGAACGCACCCGCUCCAUACGUUGCCCCGCCCAUCCCACAGGCACCAUCACGGCCUGCUCCUUCGGUCCCCAGGGUCAGCUACAGUGGUGUCCAUGAGCGCCAAGUGGCACCUCAAGGGCGCGCUAAUCAAUUGCCAGUAUAUGUAUCGCCCGGUCGCCAUGGACAAAUGAGACUCCACCGAACAGGACUCAUUAACUUUGGUGUUACAUGCUACAUGAAUUCUGUAGUGCAAUGCCUCGCAGCCAAUGCCGAACUGAGUGGCAUCUUCUUGUCCCCAAGAUAUCUACAGGACAUUCAACGAGAUAACUGGAAAGGGACGAAGGGAAUUCUACCGGAAGCUUAUGCUACGUUGAUCUCCAAUCUUUACAAAGGAGAUGUGAACAAUCUCCGUCCAACAAGCUUCAGGAGAAUAUGCGGCCACUUCAACUCCCAGUGGGGCGUAGAUGAACAACAGGAUGCGAAAGAGUUUCUAGAGUUCGUCUUAGAUCAUCUACAUGAGGAUCUCAACUUGAAGUGGAACCGGUCGCCAUUGAAGCAAUUGUCAGAGGCCGAGGAAAUGAGAAGAGAGUCAUUCCCCCGGCCGUACGUGGCAAUUGUUGAGUGGAGCCGUUACACCCAUCGUGAGAUGUCUGUGAUCGGUCGUAUGUUUGCUGGGCAGCAUGCCUCCCAACUCACAUGCACAACAUGCGGUAUCACAAGUACAACCUAUGAAGCUUUCUGGAGUAUAAGUGUUGAGAUUCCGAGAAACCGGCCGGCAGACCUUCGUGAUUGCUUGCGAUCCUAUUGCUCACCAGAAAGACUCUCGGGUGACGAAGUCUGGCGAUGCCCGAGGUGUAAGAAAGACCGCGAGGCCAUGAAGAAAAUCACAAUUACACGGGCACCGGAUUCGUUGGUUGUGCAUUUCAAACGAUUCAGCGCUUCUCAUACGGAGAGAGCACAUAAGGUCCGGUCAGAGAUUAACUUCCCAUUGCAAGGCUUGGAUCUCGCACCUUUCAUGGAACCCUCGAUCACUCCCGAGGACGAGAAGAGAUUGAUGACCAUACCAGACGGUGCCUCAUAUUUGGCUAGCCUCAAACAGGAUCCUGCCAUGAAUGGACCUUUCCAAUACAACGCAUAUGCUGUUAUCCAUCACAUUGGCAAUUCACUGGGUAGCGGACAUUACAUCGCGCAUGUAAAAGACAAAUCUCGUGGCUGUUGGCGGCGCUUCAACGACACCAAUGUCAACGACUUUGAGCCUGCAAAUCUGCAGGGUAUGGACCGUCUCCAAAGCGAGCGAGCAUACAUCGUUUUCUAUGAACGUGAACGAGUUGCGUGAUGAGCGCUAUGAACUUUUCCAACACUCUUCAUCUGCGGGAUCUUUUGUACAUAAUUCCCGUUUCACGGAGGAACAGUGGCAUUUAGCGGACAUGUUCAUGUCACAUCUUAACGGCAUAUCAGGCGAUAUAUUGCGUUUUUCACGAAGCUUGUUUCAUCUUUUAUUUAUUUGAGUUUUGUUUCACCUGAGCGUUAAAAGAUGCAUUGUCCCACGGCGUUGGCUACAUAGAGCAGAUCCGGAUGCUGCGUGGUGGCGUCAUAAGCGACUGGAGAUAUCAGAUCAUCAAAUAUUUUGCCGACUCUAAUUGAAAAUUCAAAC